UCAAAAAGGGUCCCUCAAGUCCUCCGCUUUUGCUUCCGUUCUUUCUCCGACCCCUAGACGGCACUAUCUCUCUCAUCAUCUCAGACACUAUCGCACACCAACACAACACACACGCACACACUCACACUCACACUCAGUCACACACACACACACACACACAGAACAGCUCAUAUGUUAAAGAAACCGUUUCCAUUCGCUACCAAUUUCUUCCUCUCUCUGAUUCAUCUCUCUCUCCAUCUCUGUCGCCGUUUGGACCUCCUUAUCUGAGAGAAUGCCGCCGCUGCCUCCUUCCUCCGACCUCCGCCGCUUGGACCCCCGGAUUUGGCGGGCCUGCGCCGGCUCUUCCGUUCAUAUCCCUACUGUCAAUUCUAGGGUUUACUACUUCCCUCAAGGUCAUCUCGAACAAUACUCCUCUUCUGCUUCUAAUAAUGUUUCUGCUCUUGCUCGCUCCAUACCUUUCAUCCCUUGCCACAUCUCCGCCGUUCAAUUUCUUGCUGAUCCUGUUACUGAUGAAGUGUAUACGAAACUCCAUCUCUAUCCUAUUGAUCCUCCCUUGAACCAGUCUCUUUCCAUGAUGGAAUCAUCUGCACGCCCCGAGCGAGAAGGUGCAGAUGAUGAUGAGGAUAAGAUUGUUGCUUUCGCCAAGAUUCUGACUCCUUCUGAUGCCAAUAAUGGUGGCGGUUUUUCUGUUCCGAGGUUUUGUGCAGACUCUAUCUUCCCGCCGUUGAACUACCAAGCGGAGCCGCCUGUCCAAACCCUAACGGUAACCGACAUUCAUGGAGUUACUUGGGAUUUUAGACACAUUUAUCGAGGGACGCCACGCAGGCACUUGUUAACCACUGGGUGGAGUAAGUUCGUGAAUCACAAGAAGUUGAUCGCUGGUGAUUCGGUGGUUUUCAUGAGAAAUUUGGCGGGAGAGAUGUUUAUUGGAGUGCGCAGGGCUGUUAGGUCGAACAAUGGUAGCGAUUGCGCUAGGUGGCGGGAGCAGAUUGGCUGCGGAACUGGAGAUGUCAAAAUAAAGGUUAAGGACGAGGGGUUCUCGAGGAGCGGGAGAGGAAGAGUGUCGCAGGAGGCUGUCAUGGAGGCGGUAGAGAGGGCAACGCAGGGUUUGCCAUUUGAGGUGGUUUAUUAUCCGAGAGCUGGUUGGUACUCAGAUUUCGUGGUGAAGGCUACGUUGGUGGAGCGAGCGCUCAAUGUGUUUUGGACAGCUGGGAUGAGAGUGAAGAUGGCAAUGGAGACGGAGGACUCAUCGCGAAUGACAUGGUUUCAGGGUACAAUCUCAUCCGCGUCUGUGCCAGAAUGUGGGCCCUGGCGGUUUUCUCCUUGGCGCAUGCUUCAGAUUACAUGGGAUGAACCUGAAGUUUUACAAAUUGCAAAGAGAGUGAGCCCUUGGCAAGUUGAAAUUCUUGCACCCGCACCACCAAUUCAUGCUGCAUUCCCUCCAGCGAAAAGAUUCAAAUUUCCAGAAAAUUCUGGAUUGCAGACAGAUGGGAAGGGAGAACUCUUCUUUCCUAUGUCAGGACUAAGUAAUUCAACAAUUGGGAACGUCAACCAGUCAUUGUUGAAUUACAACAUUUUUCCUGCUGGCAUGCAGGGAGCCAGGCAAGAUCCUUUUUCCAUUUUUGGUUUGUCCAACUUCUUAAGUGAGAAUGCUUCUCAAAUAUGCCCCGAUAAUGUCUUUGAUAACAAGAUGGUGCCGAAGUUGGAAACUGUGUCUACUGAACUCAACAUUGGCAGUUCACAGUCUGACAACUUAACCCCAAAUAGUCAGAGUAGUGUGCAUUUUUUUGCUACGGAACUUGUUGGAAACCCAGGCUGCAACUCAGCAAAAGUUGGCGUUGAUUCUUUUCAGUUAUUUGGUCAGAUAAUUCACAUGAACCAGCCCGUUGAAAGUGGUUUUGAUGAUGUUGGGUACAUGAGAGAUUAUGGAAGUAAAGAGUAUACUGAAAACAAUCCGCCAGACCUUGCAUUAGCAUCCUCUUAUACAGAACUGCUCAACAGGAUUGAUGUCCAACACCAAGGGGCAUCAGCAGUUGAAUCCUGCUCUUUAUGAACUAGUAAUUGUCAGGCAGAUAAAUAGCUGUACAGGUAAUGUAAGCAGGCAGAAAGCUGACUUCUUAUUAGAUCCUGGCAGUAGUAACUAGUGUUUGUUUGCUUUCGUCAGCAACGUUGGAACUAAGACAAAUGUAAACUUAGCAUGCGUUUAGAUCUAUUACUGAAUGUUAUACAGUAUGGUUUGGGAGUAGAUUGUAUUUCUUUGUUGCUUUAUGUAGUUUUGUUUGUCUCAAAGGAUGGAGGGAACAACUGGGGUUUCCCUGGUGAUUCUUUUUUACUCUAAAAACGAGGGAAUUACCUGCACUUAUUGAUGCACGUUCAGGGUUAUCGGCUGACACCCAUCCAUGGACAUGCGUGAUUGCAGGAACAGUUUGUGUUCCUUAUAAGGAUCACAAUAUAGUUGUUAGUUUUGUUUAGUUCCUGUGAAGCUACUUGAUUUUGUACUGGACUAGCGUGAAUAAGAUUGUUCUGCAUCAAUUUUUGAUUGCUAAA